CCUCCCUUCCCUCACCUCACCUUACCUUACCCAUCCUCCCUUCCCUAACCUUCCCUCACCUCACCUUAUACCUUACCCAUCCUCCCUUCCCUUACCUUACCUAAUCCCACCCACCCUCACCAUGACUGACCUUAAGAGCGCCAAGGCAGCCCUCAGGAAGGUGCUCAACGAGAAACUGAACGCCUUGACAAGUGAAGAAGUGGAGAGACAGUCGAAGGAGGUGGAGAAGAAGGUCCUUGCCCACCCCAAGUACAAGGACAGCAAGCGCCUGGCGAUCUACCUGUGCAUGCCCAAGGAGAUACAGACCACUGGGAUCCUUCGCCAUGCCCUGGAGAGUGGGAAGACCUGCUACAUCCCCAGGUACCAGACCAAGUCCAACUACAUGGACAUGGUGCGGCUCCAUUCCUGGGAGGAGUACGAUGCCCUGCCGGUGACGCGCUGGAACAUCAAGCAGCCGCCCAUGAGCCAGAGCUGCGAGACGGCCCUGGCGUCCGGCGGCCUGGACCUCAUCCUGAUGCCUGGUCUUGGGUUCACACGCGAGGGCCACAGGAUGGGGCGAGGAAAGGGCUACUACGACACCUUCCUGGCCAAGUGCAAGGCCUCGCAGACACCCCCACCAAGCACCAUCGCCCUGGCCUUUAAGGAGCAGGUCCUCCCAGAGAUUCCAACAGAUGAGACUGACAUAAUGAUUGACAUUGUGAUGACAGCAGAGUAGCAAACAAGUGGAAAGAGAGGGAGCUAAAAGAUAAAAUGAAAUAUUGCAAAAUUCUGCUUCAAAUAGGAAAUAGGCUUUAAAAUAAGGAGGUAAUGUAAGGUGUGGCCCAUGGAGGUCGAAUUAGUGGAGUUGACAUCAGCCCAAUUGAGUGAAUCCACCCGAGCUGUCAUUUUUACGGUCAGGGGUCAGGUGUUGUCAGGUCAAGCUCCCUCUUAAUGGGCUCGGCCAGGCUCGCCCACCCCCAUCUUUUGGCUGUAAAUUUAACAGUUCGUCGGCUUCACCUCAACGAAUGGGAUUAGUGGGGCGUGUUGACUCCACCAAUUCUACCUCCAUGGUGUGGCCUCAUUCUUCUCUAUCAGUGUGGUGUGUUGUUAAGGCAGAAAACCGAGCUUUCUUAACAGUACAAAAUCUCUAUUGGUGCUAUUGUUGGCGUAUGUACGUAACAUUGUGAAGUGUGUGCUCAGUUUGACAUUCUCCAUAUGGUUGUCGUGUCGAAAAGUAGAAUAGAUACUUAAUAAUUUGAAAAGUAGAUUACAUACUUAAUCAGUCAAAAAGUAGCAUAUGUAUUUAAUAAUUUGAAAAGUAGAUUACAUACUUAAUCAGUUAAAAAGUAGCACAUGUAUUUAAUAAUUUGAAAAGUAGAUUACACACUUAAUCAAUUAAAAAGUAGCAUAUGUAUUUAAUAAUUUGAAAAGUAGAAUACAUUGUCAAUAAUUCAAGGAGUAGAAUAUGUACUUAAAUUCAUUAGUUUCAAGAUAAGACACACACGCCAACAUUCUUGAACACUUCAGGUCACACACACACACACACUUUUAACAAGGCUUUCAUAGAGGUUGCAUUAGUUUUCCAUGGGUAGUUUUAUGAGCCUAGUGAUAGUUUGACAAGGCCUCUGCACCAUGAAUGUGGAAAACUCGCAUGAAAACCAAACUAAUGUCUUUUGCAGCCUUUGAAAAUGAUUGAGAGAUGAAAGUGUCUUAGAAUAUCAAUGUUGCCAGAUUGUCGUACUCAGUCUCAUAUUUCCCGACGUCCAUCCCAAUAACUUUUCCUGGGCCACAAUAACGAGAUUUAUUUGUAGUUAUUGUUGAAAUGGUUUAUUAUUCCUGUUUCCUGGUGAUAUUUAUGGGGGAGAAGCUGGUAAAUGUGAUGCCCCGAGUACGAUAAUCUGGCAACUUUUUUUUUUUUUUUACAGCAAAGGAGUCGGUACAAGGGCA